AUGCCGCUGGAGGACGAGGACCCAGUGAGGCAGAGGGGAGAGCGGGCCAAUGGCGAGGUCAGCGGGACCCCCUCCCUUGGGGGGAUAGGGCACCCCCUGCUCCAGGGCACCCCAGCGCCUGACGGCAGCAGGACAGAAGCAAUGGCAGAGGCCUGGGAGCCAGGGCCAGUGCUUGGUGAUGGGGACGUGACUCCCGGGGGAGCCCCGCAGCAGUGUGAAGAAGCUCUGAUGGCCGAGCUCUCCGGGCUGGUGCAGGAGGUGGUGAAGAGCAGCAGCUGGUGGGAGCGGCACGGCGUGGACAUCAGCAUCCUCGCCUGCAGCUUCCUUCUGCUCCCAGCAGGGUUCCUGUGCCUGCGGUCAGCCCAGGCCAUCCCUUUCCUGGUGGGUGUCCUCACCCUCGGCGUGGUGCAUCACACCCUGACGGUGAAGGGCAGCCACCUGGCUAGCCACAACGCCUUGACCGAGUCCAAGUCCUGGGGCAAAGUGUGGGCCAUCUUCUUCAUUGAGCUCUGUUCAGCUUUCACAGCCGAGCAGGCCACCUACAACCACGUGAAGCUCCACCACGGCUACACCAACGUCAUCGGCCUGGGGGACUCCACAAUCAUAACCCCUCUAGUUGCUCUUGAUUUGUUGAGGAAUGUGGAGUGGAAAGCAGCUCUCUGGACCUUGUGCUGCAUGUUUCUGGGUCUUUACUGUCAUUACUGGCUGCUGCUCCAUGUCUCGGGCUUCCAGUCACCGUG